CGGGCAGCACGGCGGAGCCCGCCGGUCGCUGGGCCCUGAGGUGCCGGCGACCAACUGCUGGCCCCACGGCGAGCCGCCGGCGCUCGGUCCCCGCGGCCGCGGGAGCCGCCUGAGGAGGGGUCUGGGCUAUGCGGUGGUGGCUGCGCGCCGCCGUCUUCAGCCUGCUCGCCGGCGCUGAGGGCAGCGGCCAGAGCGAGUCCCGGGCCGUGGUGGGAAGAGUCGGGGAGAGCGCGGUGCUGGGCUGCGACCUCCUGAACGCCCACGAGGCGCGUCCCCCUCUCUACGUGAUCGAGUGGGUCCGCUUUGGCUUUGUCCUCCCCAUCUUCAUCAAGUUUGGGCUCUACUCGCCGCGGGUGGAUCCGGAGUACGUCGGUCGCGUGCGGAUCGAGGAAGGCGCCUCGCUGCGCAUCGACCUCCUGCGUGCCGAGGACCAAGGCUGGUACGAGUGCCGUGUGCUCUUCCUGGACCGGCACAGCACCGACGCCGACUUCCAGAACGGCACCUGGAUCCAUCUCACCGUCAACGCACCCCCCACCUUCCUGGAGACACCUCCUGCGUUUGUGGAGGUGCGGGAGCAGGACACGCUGAGCCUUACCUGCACGGCUGUUGGCAACCCCCAGCCUGUUGUCAUCUGGAAGAGGAGCGACCUGGCUGUCCAGAGCGGGGACACAGUGCAGGUGAGGAACGGGACGCUGAGCAUCGCCGUGGUGGAGCGCUCCAGUGCAGGCACCUACACCUGCCAUGCUUCCAGCAAGGAGGGCACCAUCACCCACACCACCCGUGUGCUUGUGCAGGGGCCACCCAUCAUUGUGGUGCCACCCCAGAACAUCACCGUCAAUAUCUCCCAAGAUGCCUUUCUGGCGUGCCAGGCUGAGGCCUACCCAGGAAACCUCACCUACACCUGGUUCCAAGGCAGCAGCAAUGUCUUCCACCUCAGCCACCUCCAGGCUCGGGUCCGUGUGCUGGUGGAUGGAAGUCUCUUCCUCCAGCGAACGACCCCAGAUGACGCCGGCAAGUACACCUGCAUCCCCAGCAACGGGCUGUGGAAGCCGCCUUCUGCCUCAGCCUUCGUCACGGUGCUGUAUCCAGCACAAGUGACCACCAUGCUCCCAGAGACCCACCUGCCCAAGGGGAUGCAGGGUGUGAUCCGCUGCCCCACCAGGGCCAACCCCCCUCUGCUCUCUGUCAGCUGGACGAGGGACGGGCGCCCGCUGGAGCUGGAGAAGCUCCCUGGCUGGUCCAUGAGACCAGAUGGUUCCAUCAUCGUUGCGACGGGGAACGACGAUGCGCUGGGAGUGUACACGUGCACCCCCUACAACAGCUACGGCACCGCCGGCGAGUCCCAGCCCACGCGUGUCCUGCUGAAGGACCCCCCUGCCUUCACGGUGCGCCCCAAGGAGGAAUACUUCCAGGAGGUGGGCAGGGAGCUGGUGAUCCCUUGCACAGCUCAUGGAGAUCCCCCUCCAACUGUCACCUGGCUGAAGGUGGGCAGUGCAGGGAAGAGCGGUGCCCAGGUGGAUGGGAACAGCAGCCUUGUCUUCCGCCCGCUUGUCAAGGAGCAGCACGGGCUCUGGGAGUGCACAGCCACCAAUCAGGUGGCCAGUGUCAGCACUGCCACCUCUGUCCACGUGCUGGGUACCAGUCCUCAUGCUGUUACCAAUGUCUCUGUGCUCCCACUCCUGCUGGCAGCCAACAUCUCCUGGGAGCCAGGGUUUGACGGGGGCUAUUUCCAGAGGUUCAGUGUCUGGUACACACCACUGGUGAAGCAUCUGCCUCGGGCCCAUCACGACUGGGUGUCGCUCUCGGUGCCAGUCGGGGCUCAGCAUCUCUUGGUGGAGAAUCUACAGCCAGACAUGAGCUACCAGUUCAGCGUCCUGGCCCAGAACAAGCUGGGCAGUGGCCCCUUCAGCCAGAUCGUCACCUCUGUGCCCAGGGGCUUCCCAGUGACCACAGUGCCUCCAGAGCCGCCUGCCAUGACCAUGCGCGUGUUCCUGUCCCCGCCGCAGGCUCUGACUGCCAACGAGACUGUGCGUGGGGUGCUGCUGCAGUGGGAGCCCCCGGCGCAGCUCUCCGUGGCGCUGAGCGGCUACGGGCUGGAGCUGCGGCAGGACAAGGGUGGCUGGGAGGUGCUGGACCGCUCCAUUCCCAGCACAAAGACCCAAGUCCUGGUGCCAGGACUCAUUAAGGACGCCUUCUACGAGUUCCGACUGGUGGCCUUUGCUGGCAGCUACAUCAGCGAUCCCAGCAACACAGUGAACGUCUCCACGGCAGGCAUGGAGGUGUAUCCGUCUCGCACCCAGCUGCCUGAGCUUCUGCCACAGCCGGUGCUGGCUGGGGUGAUCGGAGGCAUCUGCUUCCUCAGCGUGGCUGUCAUCUUCAGCACCAUGGCCGCCUGCAUCAUGAACCGCCGGCGUGCUGCCCGCAUGCAGAAGCGAAGGCAAGAUCCACCACUCGUCUUCUCCCCCAGCAAGAAGCUUCCACCUCCACACAAUUCUCAUGGCUCUGGUAGCCCAGACAGCACCGUGAAGCUGAAGCUGCAGCCCUCUCCGUGCCGGAGCCUGCGCCGGACGCUGCUGUGGGGCGAGAAGGCUGGCACCAGCCUGGGUCUGAGCAUCGCCGGGGCCAGCUCCCAGUACGCCGUGUACGAGAGCCACAUCGGGGAGCACGUGCCCCUGGAGCGGAUCUGCCGCGGCCCCGAUGGCCGCUUUGUGGUGGAGACCAACACGGAGCCCCAGGACAGCGGCUUCGAGGUGCUGCCCUAUGCCGAGCCCGAGCCGUACCCCCAGCGGGACCCCCCAGGGCCACGGCGUGAGCCCUUCCUCCAACUGCCCACGGAGAAGGAGGAGGAAGAGGAGGAGCCCAUCUGGCGCAAGGGGGUCUCGCUGCGCCCCCGGCCCGCGGGGCAAGCCCGGCGGGGAGCCCGGGCCACCGGCCACCGGCAGGGCCGCUACUUCGGCUACGGCAGCAGCAGCCCUGUGGAUGAGGCCACAGCGUUGUGCAUCAUCAACAUCAGCCCCGUGGCCUCCGCCGCCACUCUGCCUUACAGCACCGUGGAGGAACUGCGCGACAGCCCUGGCAGCGCUGAGCCCUGCCCAAGCGCUGCCAGCGCCCUGUGGGACUCGCUGCCCCUCGAGGGCUCUUCCCAGCCUCCCCUUGCCCCCCUGGCCUCCCCUGGCCCCAGCCUUGGGUGCAGCCGGCCCCCGGCCAGCCCUCCAGCCCAGAGCGGGAUCCUGCAGUACCUGAGCCUGCCCUUCUUCAAAGAGAUGUGCGUCGAUGGUGACUGGCCACCUCCGGAGGAGCCAGCAGCCCCUUGCCUUGCUGGUGGCCAGCCUGAGUCCGCCCCCAGCCCCCCGCCCACCCCAGCAGGGGCUGGGGGCUCCCCGCAGCCCGUGGGGCGAAUGCUGUGCCCAGACUGCAUUGACACAUGUGCCAACGCCACUUCCCCCUCAGCCGCUGCUUUUCUCAAGCCCCCCAGGGUGCCGGUGGGUCCUGCCAAGGCCUCUCGGCCCGGCACUGCUGCCUGGACCAGCUCCCCCAGCACUGGGGCCAGUUUGUGGCCCCCCACCCCACCGGCUCACUGCCUCCCCGCCAGCUGCAGCAGGACUCAGGCCAUGCUCUUGGCUGGCAACACGGAGUCAGGCUCUGUGCUGGGCAGACCCCUGGAUCCUGUUCCUCUGGAGAAGCUGCUGCGGGGCAGUUUGACCAGCCAGAGCAGUGGCCGGGGCAGUGCCUCCUUCCUGCGACCCUCCUCGCUGGCACCAUCCCUGGGGGGCAACUGCCUCGGCACCCCUCUUGGGGACGCGGGCAGCUGGCACAGCGGAGGCUCCGUGGCAGAGGAGGGCAGGGCGAGGAUGGAUCUAGCCCUUGGUGGCACUGGAAAGAGGAGGAACACCUCAGUGGAUGAGAACUAUGAGUGGGAUGCAGAGUUUGCCCUGGAGUCUGACAUCCUCGAGGCGCUGCAGCUGUACCGCGGCGGGGACCCGGCACGGCCCGUCUCCACCAUCGCCCUCCGCGACCUGGAGCGCCACAAGCCUGGCCCCGGCUCCUCCCCAGUGAGCUCGGCGUCGGCGGAGGCGUUGGCGGCGACCAGCGGCCCCCCGGAGCCCAGCAGGGCCCUGCGCCAGGAGCUGGGAGCAGCGCAGCACCUCAGGGAGGGGGCUGAGCAGCGGCGGCUGGGACCCCGCGGGUGCAGCGCUGAGCGCUUUGAGCUGGCCACGCUGCUCUAGGGACCCCCGCGACCCCUUGGGCGGGGGGAGGAGGAGCGUGGGCUGGAAUAAAGAGGCGUGAGAACA